CGUGCACAGAGCAGCUGAUCGCCUCAUUGAGUAAGUGUGAGUGUGUGUCUGAGUCUGUGUUUGCUGUUGUCGGUGAUGGAAACCACGGAGAUCUUUUUGUACACCUUCCUCGCGUCUCAAUACUUGUGGAGUGUCGUGUUCAUCUCUUGGCUCUUUGUGUGUGGCUCGCCCACGGAGCUCACCAACUAUGGAUUGCCUCGUUGAAGUUGGCGGGGACCAGCUGCAGAGCCGUUAUGGACUGUUGUGAAAUUCCUCUUUUGAGAACUGGUGACCCAAACAGGAUUUCCGCAGGAUACCGCAUCUGUUUCACAUAACGGUUCGAGCCACUGUUUUGGUCAUCAUGGAGAAGGCUGGUGUUAGAAUAGUGUAACUGUGUCAACUUGUUUUGGUGGCUCUGAAGUCAAUCAGCGGAGAAGUGAACUUUGCACACGAGAGACCUGCAUAGUUGGAAGAAGUCAGCCAUGGCUUUACCAGAUAGCAGCAUAUCUACAGAAGAGGCACCCUUCCCGGAGAUCAUAGAGCUGAAUGUUGGCGGUCAGGUGUACAUAACCCGCUGCUCAACCCUCACAAGUGUGCCCGACUCCCUGCUAUGGGAGAUGUUCAGUCGCAAGUCCGCCAAAGGACUGGCCAGAGACACCAAAGGGCGUUUCUUUGUGGACCGGGACGGGUUCCUUUUCCGUUACAUCCUGGACUACAUGCGGGACCAGCAGCUGGUCCUUCCAGACCACUUCCCUGAACGUGGGCGACUGCAGCGAGAGGCUGAGUUCUUCAACCUGCCCGAGCUCGUCAAGCACCUGGCGCCCAAAAUCAGCAAGCAGAACUCAAUGGGCGACGACGGGUGUCAGAGCGACCCGGAGGACUCCUCGCCCGGGAUCGACACAGCCCGGAAUCUUGGAUCAUUGAGCACUGCUGCGUCAGCCUGCGCCAGCCUGGUCCCCAGCCCCAUGGACGGGAAGAGGUCCGGGUUCAUCACAAUCGGCUACAGAGGCUCGUACACCCUGGGCCGUGACACUCACACCGAUGCCAAAUUCCGUCGGGUGGCCCGCAUCAUGGUCUGUGGGAAAACCUCCCUGGCCAAGGAGGUCUUUGGCGACACCCUGAACGAGAGCCGCGACCCGGACCGCCCUCCUGAGCGCUACACGUCCCGCUACUAUCUCAAGUUCACCUUUCUGGAACAGGCCUUCGACAAGCUGGCCGACGCCGGCUUCCACAUGGUGGCCUGUAACUCCACAGGAACCUGCGCCUUUGCCCAUGAGCAGACGGACGACAAGAUCUGGACCAGCUACACAGAAUAUGUGUUCUACCGUGGUUCAUCCGUUAUUCCCAAGGCCAACACGACCUCUGAUUUCCGCAUUCUUCCUGAAGUGGCUGCCACUAAACCGGCGUCUCAAUGGGCCUCGGUGGAUCCAAUCAGCAGCAUCAGCAGCAGCACCGGGUGUCGAACCCAAAGCCUCCCAGAAAGCAGCAGCCUCGCAACGCCAGACAUUCAACCCCCACUACCCCUUGACACCCCUCCUGCUCCACUCACCCCUCCACUUCCCCUUCCUCCCCCGUCGCGUCCCACAGGAAGCCCUGAAUUCCCCCUUCCGUCCAAGCCUCUGCCGAGCCACGUACUGCCAGCAUCCAACCCUUCCAGUCCUCCAUCGACUCUGCCUCCCGACGAGAGUCCCCAUCGCCCGACCACCCUCCAUUUAAAGACCCUACCCAGACUCACUACCCGAGAGAACGGCAUACCUCCUGCCGUUGUGAACGACGAGGAGGAGGAGGAGAGGAAGCUGCUGGAGGAGGAUCUCAAGAAAUGCAUUGAUGACUUCAAAAAGAUCCGCAUGCCCAGGGUGUUUCCGGAUCGCAAGAGGCACUGGCAGAAUGACUUACUCAAGAAGUACAAUGCAUAGAAUGCUUGGCAAAUAUGUUUAAGUCCACUUAAGUCUUGCUUGGUGUUUACAUCCAUUUGUAGUGACUGCCGUCGGCAAGUUGACUUUAACGCUGCAGUCGGAGCAUUUGCAUGCCGACAGAAAUACUUUGACUCUUUGAACUUAGAGCUGAGCUAGUGUGUUAGUUAGCUUGGCAAAAUACCCUGCGCAUCAACAUCUUUUUUAGUUAGUGAUACACUCGUGUGUUCAGCUUUUUGCAAUUAUUAUUAAAUAUUUUCAAAAGCA